AUGUAUCCGGUCAUGUUCAACUUCCAAGACACCAGCCUCCUCCGUUCAGUUAAAGAGGAGUCCCUACUCAGGAACAACUGGCCCGUCCAGGUACUUGACACAUCUCCAGGCAGGUAAGCAGGACUAGCACAAAGCCAACACAAUCCCAAAAAGAGCGGCCAAAGGGCCGACAUCCGACGGCCGUUCCAAGUUUUGGAAUGAAAUGGGCACGGCCUUGAGGGAGACCGAUCCGAAUCAUCAUCUCCCAGCACGGGGACCGUGGGACUAUUCCAGCACGAUCUCUCUCCUUCUCCCAACCCACCAGGGUCUCGCAAAACCCAUCGCGGCCGCACCGUCCAAUUAGCUCCGGAGGGGAUAAGUGAAAGUAAAAGGUCUAAUUCCCCCACAUCGAAGGCCAGGGUCCGCUCUUUCUGUUAUCGCCGCCAUUUUUAUGAACUAAUUCGGCCUUGGUGAAAAUGGCUGACCAUAUGUCGAGGAAUCCGCGAUUUUGAAUUUCAGCGCCCAGCUUGCCCGAGCCCAGUUCGAGCAUCCACCGCCAUCCAAUCUGAGGAAAAGCAACUUCUUUCAUUUCACUGUCAACCUCUAUGACCGCGCUAAUCAACCCAUCGAAAUUGAGCAUGCCAGUUUUGCUGGGUUCGUGGAGAAUGAGAAAGAAGUUGAUGGAGAAAACACAAGAAAUGGAAUCCACUACAGAGUUCAUCUUUUAUUUGGAAACGGUAGGGUUAAUGGAGAAGGUUGUUGUUCGAGAUUUGGUUAAGUUUCGAGCCACGAUUACUUUUUAUUCGAUCGUACUGGAUAUUGUGGAUUACUUGUUAUUGAAUUAAAGCGGAAGUUCUAAUUCCGGUCCUUGUUACUUGGUCUGUAAUUGACCGUAACUGGAUUAAAGAACGAGAUGCGCCUUUCCCGGCCUGUUUUGGAGGGAAUUUGGUUUAAUUAAGUCGAGUUGUAACUCAUUAAAUUCGGGGACCGGGUCGUAAAACAUGGCCAUGAAACGAGAAAAAGUGCCCGUAAGCAUAAAAGAAUUAAACACGAAAAAGCUGCAGAAUACAAGAGAUAUGAUAUCCAGUUGAUCCACUUAGAGAAAGUAAAUUCGUAAUCAUAAUUCCAUCAUGAUUCACCUUAUUAUUUACAGGAAUGCGGGCCGAACAAGAUUUAUAUGUGCGGCUGAUCGACAGCGUCUCCAAACAGGUGAGCGAUCUCGUCGAUGAUAACCAAAUGGUGUUCCCCAUAUGUUAGAUGACCUCAUCUUUUCAGGCGAUAGCUUAUGAGGGCCAUGACAAGAAUCCUGAGAUGUGCCGUGUUUUGCUGACACAUGAGAUUAUGUGCAGCCGAUGUUGUGAAAAGAAAAGUUGCGGUAACAGAAAUGAAACACCCAGUGAUCCAGUAAUCAUCGACAAGCAAGUUAUUUCCUAUAACAAAACUAUUUUUAUAACCAUUGCGCAAUUCAAUCAUCGUUUUCAGAUUUUUCCUCAAAUUCUUCUUGAAAUGCAAUCAAAACUGCCUGAAGAAUGCUGGGAAUCCACGAGAUAUGAGGCGAUUCCAAGUGGUGCUGUCAUCUACUCCAAGGGUUGAUGCAGACGUGUUGGCUGUUUCUGAGAAUAUGUUUGUUCACAACAAUUCGAAGCAUGGCCGAAGGGUUAAACGGGAGAGCGCUGAAAGUAAGCAUGCUCUUUUAAUACAUUAAAACUUAUAAUUUGUCGGUUAUCUAACAUUCAGACCUUUUGUUUUGAUUUAAUUUCCGCAUCCAAUUUCCCAGAGAUGUCCUCAAAGAUACCAUGGACUUUUCUUUUACGAGUGCGCGAGUUUCUCUCGCAUCUGCUCAUCCCCUUUUGUGAGGAUUGUUGCCCCGGAUGUCCCGUUUAAUAGCCCUAUCAUAACUCCGAGGGCCAAAUAUGCAAAUUAUGGGGCUUGCUCUCUGGGUGAUACAUGGCUGAAUUUUUUUGACAGCCGUAGACAAGAACACAUGGAUCUUAAGUCACACUGAAUACGGAUACUGUAGUUAUAAUCAAGCAAAACUAUGGUUUAAACCCCUAGGGGCAAGUCCGGGCCAAUUACCGAGAGUUUAUUCGUGCCAUUCUUACUGCAAUUACCCGAUAUAUACCUGAGAAAUACGAUACUUUUCAGUGGAUCAUUCGGUGAACGUCUCUUCAAUUGCGCCUCCAAUUAUAAAGACAAUCUGUCCAUCUGAAUGCUGGUGUCAAGGUGGAAGUGUAGUAGUGAUCAUUGGGGAAAACUUCCAUGAGAAUAUGCAAGUCAACUUCGGAUCAAAUACUGUCUGGGGGGAACUGAUAACACCUCAGGCAAUGAAAGUCACAGUACCCGCUAGAUCAACACCAGGCAAUGUGGAGGUUACAAUCAGCAGCAAAUUAAAGAGUUCCAGAAGUAUUGCUAGAUUUACUUAUGUCUGUAAGAAAUUCGAAAAGUUUUUCUCUUUAAUCAAUCCAUUUAAUUUUUGCAAAAUUAUGAUUUUUCAGCUUUAACUGAACCUAAUAUCGAUUAUGGAUUUCAAAGACUUCAGAAAUUACUUCCCAAAUAUCCUAACGAUCCAGAGAGAUUGCCCAAGGAAGUGAUCCUUCGAAGAGCGGCUGAUCUGGCCGAAGCUCUCUACAACCGAUCUCCCGCCGAUCAGCUCAGUCAAUAUGCUGCCAGUGCCUAUUCCGCCGUCCAUUUUGACUCCGGUAUUUCAUAACCACGGGAGGCAUAUUUUUUUUAGAUUACGCUCGUAAUUACUCACCUCGUGGACUCACGGGUUAUGUAGCGUCCACCACAGCUAGUCAAACGAUAGCUCCGAGUAUGUAUCAAAGUACCUAUGCAUCUGGAGUGGCAGGAACCCCUGGAACAGGCUUUCUGAAUACGUCGACGGGUAUGUGAGGGCACCCUUGUGCGUGUAAUUCUCAGGUUCCCACUUUAAGCAAAUUUUUUCAGGGUUCCCAUCUUUUGGAGGUGUCAAUCCUUUUAGCACUCUUCAGACGCUACAGAAACCGAGUACCUACUGA